AUGGACCCACUAACGAUCGCGACAAGCGUGGUAGCUCUGGCUUCUCUCGCUGCCAAGGUGGGGCACCUUAUUGGCGAGCUCAGAGAAAACUAUACAAGUUUGCCAGGCAGGCUUCACGCGCUCGGCAACGAAGUCGAGGAUCUCAGGGUCGUUCUUCAUCGGGUUGCGAGCCUUUCGAAUGACAGAGAGAGGUUGAAGCUUGAUACGGAUGAGGAAAGCAAUAUCCCGGAUCUGAUACGUCGCGGAGAAGAAAAGCUUCUCACGCUAGAGGAGAUACUCGGCGCGCUCGUGGUCACAGCAUCGAAGAAGCGUGAGUUGCUCUUCCGCAGCCUGCAGUGGAGACGUGAGCAAAGCCGCAUUGCUUCGAUUCAAGAUGAUAUUAAACGCGUCAAAUCCAAUUUCAACAUCUUGUUGGGAGUGUCCAACUCUCGGGACAUGAUGCAAAUCAGGCUGGAAUUGGAUAGACUAAGCAUGAAUCAGUCUCCGCCGCAGUACAACGAUGGGUUCAUCGUGGAGAAGGCACUGAUGUCAAUGCUCAACGGACACCACGAGACUAUGUCUGGCUUAUUCUCUCAGCAAUACUCACGUGUCGAUGACAGAUUAAGUCGUGUGGAAGGCCUUCUUGAAUCACAAACGUCUCGGAUGAAAACUUCCCAGAUAUCCCAAUUCGGCUCUCUGUAUAACCCAUUACCUCCCCCUGCACGAAUGCGCCCGGCGAGACCGAUGAGCCCGGGCGCAAAACAGAGACACCUCGACUCCAGCUCAGUCAGGCUCCGCUUGAGACAACAUGUCGCUGCUUGUCGAGCCGGUUGUCCAUGUGCCUGCCAUGUCACACAGCGGGCUGCCUCGCCAACGUUCAUGAACAAGCUACUUGGCCAGCUGUUCAUCGGAUACACGGGUUUUCCAUUCCUGGGCAGGAACUGCGACUCGAGAAUGUGCGAGAGAUCGCAGGGGUCAAGUAUGAGUGUGGAGUAUUGGUUUCCAGCAUCAUUUUGCUUCUCUCAGAUACUCCGACUUCAGCUUGCAUAUGGAACAGACCUAGGGCCAUCAUUGCAGUUGUCAACCCUUCGACAAGUGUCUGACUCUGCAGAGUGCGUCACAUUUGCACUUAAUGGCAACAUUGAUGGACUGAAGAACCUCUUCACCCAAGGAUUUGCUUCGCCUAGGGAUUGGGCCUUGUAUGGACAACAAUACGAGACAUGCAAGUUUCUCAUGAGUGCUGGCGCAGAUCCCACAUAUCGACCAAUAGCCACCAGCGACGAUUGUCCCAGUGAUAAGGUCUGCGAUAUUAUCCUCCGAGGAAACCUCCCAUCUGAGGUUUUGGAUAUUUUACAAGUCAUCGCCGAAGGCAGUGAUUUCAUCGAGCGGCAAAGGUUUGCACGAAUCCAUAAGCUUGUCCUGAGACUUUGCGCUGGAAGUUUGGAAGAAGAGCUACAAACGAAUGCAGAAGGAGUCGAUUUUGCAGACGCUGGCGGACGAACAGCUUUACAAUGGGCAGCUGCAAGAGGGGAUGAUCGCGCUGUCAUAACAUUACUUAGCUUCGGAGCCGACCCAAACAACAUGGAUAAUAAGCUCAACACACCACUGACGCUGGCUGCAAACCAGAACCAUACCGUAUGUGUCCGGCUACUCUUGGAAGCGGGCGCUCUUCCAGACCCGCAGCUACCCCAGGGGGUCAGAUUUGGGACACCCCUCAACUGUGCAGCUCGCAAUGCUCGUGAUCCUGUACUGAUGAAAACACUCCUGGACUUUGAUGCCAAAAUAGAAGCGAGUGGUGUUGAUGGGGUUACACCAUUGCUUCACGUCGCCCGUGGAAAUAGUGCCACGCACGCAAUGCUUCUACUCGAGUAUGGCGCUAACAUCAAUGCGACUUCGAAGAGUGGCCAAACCCCGCUUACUGCUGCUAUUCAAUUUAACAACCACGCAGUUCUUAAGCUGCUACUAGGCAGGUGGUUCGAGUACAACGAGUGCCCGAGGUUAAAAGGGCCAAAUCUGCUGGAUAUUGUUGCACGCUUUGCAGAUAUCGAGACGAUCAUGAUACUUACUGGAACCGAGCACUUGAGGACGCGGACGGAUGAGUCCUAUAUCAUGAACCACUAUACACAUAUACUCGAAGCACGUCUUGAUGCCUCGGAUGCGUUAGUCGAGUCUUUCGAGGAUCUCUUAUCUGUGUUGAAGGCAACCAGUCACAACAGCCUAGACAGCAAACUUGAGUCUGGACUUCUCGAGCAAUUUGAGUCGUUACCGAAUUCUGACGAUGACACCGACACGGAUCUAUUCACUGACGCAUUGGAAUAUAUCUCGAACCGUGACGAAGCGCGCACCUCUACAUCAUGUCCAUAUGAUCUUCAAAAACGGCCAACAAUUUGA